AUGGCUUCCUCGAUUUUCCCACACGUACCAGGAUACCACUUUCAGCUUACCAUCGCCGCUCCAGCAGGCUCGAGCCAUUAUAGCAAGCUACGCCUCGCAGAUCUUGGUCGUAUAGUCGAUUACAUCAAUCUUAUGGCUUACGACUAUGCCGGAUCCUGGAGUUCUAUAGCUAGUCACAGCGCUAACCUCUAUGCAAACACAGAUCUUCCCCAGUCUACUCCAUUCAAUACUGAUAAUACCGUCAAAGCCUACCUUGAUGCCGGGGUACCUUCUCACAAACUCAUCCUCGGCAUGCCUGCGUAUGGAAGAUCCUUCAUCAGUGCAUCUGGCAUAGGGGAACCGCACUCAGGCAUAGGCCUUCCCAACAAGGGGCUAGGUAGCUAG